CACGUGUAAAAAGUGAUGCCAACUGGGUUCCUCUUUUUGUCCCACAAACCGCCUCUUUCUUCUCUUUUCCAUCUUCAUCUUAACCAUUCAAAACCUACGUUUCUACAUUUCCAUUUUAGAAAUUAAAAAAAUUCUUAUUUUCUCCCAAUUUCUACAAUUCAAUUUCCAGAUUUUGGGAAUCAUAAUUAUAUUUUUGACAAAUUUGUAUAAAAUAUCUUUUACGAUUCCCAAUUUUUUUUUUCUGUAAAUUGUUUUUGUUUGUUGUAGAUUUAGUUAUGGAGGGUUCCACGAGCUCCCAAUCUUCUGGAAUUACUGGAGGUGAUCUCUCUAAUUGUGUUGAGCAAGAAGAAAUUUUGAAUUUGGAAUUAUUCGAAAAGGAACCCAAGUCCUCUGAAUGGACAGAUGAAAAGCAUAGUAUGUAUCUGAAGUCUAUUGAAGCCUCAUUUGUACAACAAUUAUACAGAUCACUGAAUUCAAGUGGUUUGACCUCACAUAUGAAGCAGUCUUCACCCAUGAAAUAUUCCAAGCAUAAUAAAUCUCAUGUAGAGGAUAAGAGGAUCAAAUAUGGAAUGGGUGAACCUCCCCCAAAAGAAGCAAGAAAGUGUCGUCGCCUCCUUCAAAAUCAGUGGAUUAAGCAUUUUAGUAGCGGAGACCAUCAAAUUAUGCAGGGAGACACUUCAUUUGAUAAUCAGCCCAUUAACUGCGAGGGAAGGGCAAUAUAUACAUGUACAUUAGCAAAUAUAUCAGACGGAUUUCCUGUAUGUCCAACUAUUGGUGAUUCAAGUGUCGGUGAAGAAUUCUCUGGUCAGAAUUUUAGUGAAGAAGAUGAUGAAGAGGUCACAUGUAGAUUGCGCUCAACAAAAAGGUUGAAGACUUUUGAUGCAUUAGCAGAAAACAAUGAGUAGUUUGAUACACAAAAUCCGUUUGCUCAUAUUCUUCAUUGAAUGGAAGUGGGAAGAUACAGAAUGGUUACCGGCUCUGGCGGACUAGUCUCAGCUGUAUUACAUUGAUCAAUAUAUCUUGUAAUGUCCAAAUGAUGAUCAGUAGCAGGAAACAGUCAAUUAUACUAAUUAUUAGUAUAUCAAUAAUUGUAGAUGUCUGAGGUCAUUUAGUUUAGGUAGGUUGAAGAAAUGGCUGGUAGUUUUAUUUUGUUGAUGACACAUGAUCUAAAAUAAGCCGGUUCGGUGGGUUUGAUGAUCUGUUUUGUGCAUUAGUUAGUUAGAUCUGUUGAGACCAUCUGACUGAGAACUUGUAAAUUGGUACCAUUCAUAUAGAUAUGAAAGUAAGAAGAUUAGUAGUAGGUUUACUUUGCACAAGCUGAAGAUGGCUGACAUCAUUUUAUAGUCAAGGUUGCUUAUUCAGGUAGAUUAUGGUAAGACGGCCAAAGAAUUAGGGCGUCUUUGGUGAUUUAUAUGCCUAACAAGAGUGUAGAAAUUUCACAAUGAUAAAAGAUUUUGCAGUUAAUAUCAAAUAAAAUGCGUGUACAAUUUUCAAGGUGGCAAAUUCAUAUAAUUUAUAUUUUGUUGGAGUCUAAAUCAGUAAUUUUCAACAUACCAAUUGUAUUAUGCAUAAAAAAAAAA